AUGGACGCCUCCUCCCUCCGCAUCUUCAAGUUCGAUGGAACUAACUUCCACGCCUGGAAGUUCAAGAUGCAGAUGGUGCUGGAGGAACGGGACCUGUGGGAGGUCGUCAGCGGCGAGAUCAAGGCAGAACAGUGCGUGAAUCAGUUGGACCAAGCGGCGUACAAGACGAAGUCAAGAAAGGCGAAGGCAGUGAUCUGUCUAGCCAUGGAAGAUUCCCAGCUACCGUUGGUCCGGUCGGCAAGUGGUGCAUGCGACGCAUGUUAA